AUGGCUACACCAACGAACGACCUGAACGCGCGGACUCCAACAGGUUCAAAUGGACCUCCACCCAUGAGAAUUCGUCGCCCAAAGGCAGCGGAUCCUUUAGUACGACCGAAAAAAAAACCUACAGCCAAACCAGCUAUUCCUACCUCCGGAAAUGGACCAGCCUUAAAAGCGGCUUCUUCGCGACCAGCUACUUCCAACCCGCCAUCUAUGCCUCAUUCUGAGAGAGGGAAGCCUUCAUCUUCAGGAGCUGAUUUCUCCGCCAAUGGAUUUAGCGGCCCAUUGUUAUCCGAAACAUAUACGGACUAUCCCCUAGUCACGACAAAGCGCGCAUUGCGGGAAGGCUUGAAACAUCACAUUGCUAGAUUUGCAUCAAAAAAGACCGUCGAUCCGCGUGACGAAAACCAGUUCACUAGGCCUGUCAGGCUUCAACGUCGCGACCCGCGCGCUCGAUCGCAUGAGAUGACAUCGGAGAAGAGCCAGGGCAUGCAGAAGACAACGUCUGAAUCUAGCCAUCAGAUAGAUGAGGCUGAGCGUGAAGAGCUAGAGGCUAGGAAGGCUGCCCGUGAGAAGGAACGCGCGGAGAAUCUGGCCCAAAUAGCCCCUUCCGCUGGAUCCGCCCCGAAGAGAGCGAACGUACCCAAGCAAAAAACUCAGCAGGUGUCCAAGACAGAUAUGACUCCUGAGGAGAUGGCGAAGACGCGAAUCAAGUACGAAGAGGCUUUGCCAUGGCAUCUAGAAGACUUUGACAACAAAAAUAUUUGGGUGGGGAACUAUGAAGCUGCUCUGUCCGAAACACAUGCGGUAUUUGUACUUGAGGCUACCGGGAAAAUGAGGAUGAUUCCCGUGGAAAAAUGGUACAGAUUCAAUGCCAAAAACCAAUUCAAAGCUUUGACUAUCGAGGAAGCAGAGAAGUUCAUGGCAAAGAAAGUUAAAGAUCCACGGUGGUUCAUGGAGAAGCAACAAGAACUAGCUCAACGAAAGGAAUUAGAGCAAUUUGCGAAACAGCGGAAGGUAUACGCUGGUAAACAAGGGACCCCAUCUGGAGUGGAGGGAUUGGAGGCCGGUGAAAUGGACUUUGAAGAAGAUCGAUUUGCUGAUGAUGAAGAGCAUGAUGAUCUUUUCAACGAGGAUGAGGAUGCAAAGGCAGCGGAGAAGAGAAUCAAGCAAGACCAGUUGAAAGCCAAUGUUUUUGACCUGAAAGACGAGAAAGACUACGAGCAAGAGGAAUUGAGAGAAAAGAAAGAGAAGGAGGCUCGUCGUGUGCUUGGGAAAAAAGUUCGGAAAGCUUUACAAAAACGAGAAAAGAACUACGACUAUAGUAGUGGUUCUGACGUCAAUCCUUAUUCAGAUGAUGAGAGCUCUGAUGAUAGCGAGGCUGAACGAUUGAAGGAGGAAGAGCGGAAAGCCGAAGAGGAAAAGAACAAAAAGGACAUAACGACAUCUUCCAAGGGUAACAAUACGCCGUCCGGCCGCCCUAAGCAUACGGAUCCCUUGAAAAAAGGCACGGCAGCUGCACCACGGAAGCGGUUGGGGUCUCCCAACGUGUCGGAUGCGAGUGGGACAGACACUUCCCGCAAAAAGGGUAAAAGCAAGAACCCGUCCUCUCAGCCCACUCAGCCAAGCUCGCGCAAUAUUAAGUUCCCUAUCAGUAGCCCCAGGUCUACUCGUGAGUUAACGCCUUUGCAGCUUGGCAAGAAGCGUGUCCGAAACGUACCUCUUGGUGGUGCAGGUUCCGGGAGUGAUGCCGAUGGCGGCGCAGGUUCAGGUGCAGAGAUGAGUGAAAGUGGUAAAACUAAAAAGCUCAAGCUUAAUCCUCCAGCAGUUUCUCAGGGUGGGACUCCCCAGGGAUCUAGGGCAGGGAGUCCCACUCCCCUGGCAGGUAGAAGUUUUUCGGGAAGCCGUGCUAGCAGCCCCGAGUCAUUCAGAGGGCAAACUCGCGUUUCCACUCCAGUACACGCUGGAAAUCAAAGCUUCCCUACGCCUGCGGAGAUUCAUGCUGCUAUUCCCCCCUCGGGCAUACUCAGUAGUGACUUGCUCAAAAUAUUCCGUCCCCGUAUUGGUGAGUCAAAGGAGAACCACCGAAGGUUUAUAGCGAUUGUCAAAGAUGUCGGAGUUUAUGGCAAAGAAGAUCGAUUGUUGCGACCUGGUACGCUGAAGGAGAGUUGA